GGCAACAGCAAGCACAACGAUCUAUGUCUGCCUCCCCGUGUACUUCGUAAGUUCCACCGCGAGUUAUACUUAUCGAUUUUCUGAUUACUAACCUUGAGGCAGAGCAAGUUCGUGCAGCACUGGGUCGCGUCAAGACCGUACUCACAAAUGAGAUAUGGUUCAUAAUCGACAAAAUGCUACUGAGCGCUUUUUGCGGCUGCAAAGAGAGAGUUCUGUUCGCGUUUCAACUCGCUCUCAAGAAGACUGAAGGUUUCCCCAUUGACAGAGCUUGCCAAGGAGAUUCCAUCCAAAAUGUCAUCCGCAAACUCCAGACCUUCGACAAGCACUUCAAGCUGCCAGCAGACUGCUGCCGCGAAUGUCGCAGAAACUGGUUCGCACUUGUGAAGGGGCUCUGCCGCGUCGGUAUGGAUUACUUUGAUGGUCUGUGUCUGGAUUGUAUGGAUCACUCGAAGGCCAACUUUCCGGAUUCGCAAUCCGAAGCAGCGGACCAUCUCGUUAGUACUCUUGAGUGGGACUAUGGAUGCAGUGUCAAGCAUGGUCAAGCCAGCUGGUACUUCUCCUUCAGUACGAUAUGCAUCAUGAACCUGCACAUAACAAAUACUGACACGCCACAGUGGCUCAGCAUGACACUCGUAGCGAGUUGCUCAAGCGUAUCAGAAUGGCCAAUCCUCGUGCCAGAAUCUUCUAAAGUAAAGGUGUUGCAUGGAAGUCGAACAGGAUGUUCAAUGACUCUCGCGUGUGACGUCUUUCAUGGAGAGAAGACUGAAAUAGGACAUGAGACAUCUUGUGUUCGUUGUGUUUGACCGUGACUUUGUGGUUUGUUUACACCUUUCUC